AUGGCUGACGACGUUAUCGCCUCGGUCUACCACAAGAUCGAGAGGGAAAAGGCCCUCAUAGCUGCUGCAACAAACAUGAGACAAUCUACCGACAAUCCAUCUGUGCAGCAACGAGUUGAUGGGCAAAUCCGUGAUGGCCGCAGGAAUAUUGCAUAUCUAGAAGAAAAGUUGAGAGAGUUGCAAUUUCGCAAAGAUAGCGGCGCGGCAUCCGGACCACCUCAGUUACCACCACUGGGAGCUGCUGGUGAGCAGCACCGGAACGGUGGAGGUUAUGAUGCGCCUACACCGCCCCCGAAGGAUGCCAGGUCGGGCUACAUAGGCGACACAGGUGAAUACGGAGACGCAGGUUCUGGAGGAUAUAGUCAAGGCGGCCCUGGUUUGAUGCCCUCUCGUGCUCCAUUUGCCGAUCCUCGACCUGAUCCCACCAUACCGAAAGCGCGACCUAAUUAUAGCAAAUUGGAUCUUAUUAAAUAUGACACACCUUAUCUCGGCCCAAAGAUCCAACUGAUGUUGUCACAGCUUGAAUUCAAACUUAGUGUGGAGAAGCAGUACAAAGCGGGUAUUGAAAAGAUGGUCCGUCUGUACCAAGACGAAGGCGACAGAAAAAGCCGUGCCGAUGCUGAAGGUCGUCGCAUUGAGAGCAACCAAAAGAUUCAGUUGCUGAAGCAGGCUUUGAAGAGAUACGAAGAUUUGCAUGUUGAUAUCGAAAGCUCGACCGAUGGCGCAGACGACGACAGUAUUAAUGCCCCCAACAUGCGCAAACCUCUUACUGGCCACUUAACGUUACGCAUACAUGCUGUCCAAGACGUUGACCACGCCGCAACCUCACGGUUUUCACGCGGUCCCGAGACUUUCAUCGUAAUCAAGGUUGAAGACGCCAUUAAAGCACGCACCAGAGCCUCUCGAAAUGACAGGUGGACAGAAGAAACAUUCGAUAUUGAUAUUGAUAAGGCCAAUGAGCUUGAACUCACGGUUUAUGACAAGUCAGGCGAUAGACCAACCCCCAUCGGUAUACUCUGGAUGCGCAUAUCAGAUAUUGCCGAGGAGAUGCGCCGGAAAAAAAUCGAGACAGAUCUGGCUUCAAACGGCUGGGUUUCUGCAGAUAAAAUGAGCCAAGGAUCGCAGGGUCUCCAAAACCCCAAUGCGCCGCUGAGCCCUCUUAGUGGGCAACGUCCAGGCGGUCAACCUCAGCAACCCGGAAAUGCACCGGGCGGCACCGGUGGAGGAAGCCCUGUUUUGAUAGAUUCCUGGUUCGCGUUAGAACCCGUGGGUAGAAUUCAUAUGCAACUCAGCUUCGCAAAACAAUUGAAGGAUCGCCGACCAUUUGAUAUCGGUCUGAAUCGGCAGGGUGCAGUUCGUCAAAGGAAAGAGGAAGUGCACGAGAAACAAGGACACAAGUUUGUCACUCAGCAAUUCUACAACAUCAUGCGUUGCGCGCUCUGCGGGGAAUUCCUCAAGUAUGCUGCUGGCAUGCAGUGUCAGGAUUGUAAAUACACUUGUCACCGCAAGUGCUAUCCAAAAGUCGUCACGAAGUGUAUCAGUAAAGCCAACUACGAGACUGAUCCUGAUGAAGAAAAAAUCAAUCAUCGCAUUCCGCAUCGUUUCGAGAACUUCGCCAACAUCUCAGCAAACUGGUGCUGUCAUUGUGGUUAUCUCUUGCCAUUUGGACGGAAAAAUGCGAAGAAGUGCACAGAAUGCGGCCUUACCUGCCAUACUGCCUGUGCCCAUCUGGUUCCGGAUUUUUGUGGUAUGUCUAUGGAGACUGCGAAUGAGAUUAUAAAGGCUCAGAUCCAGAUGAAAAAUCUCAAUAUGAACAAGACAUCACCGGUCGGAUUAUCUAAUCGCACUCUAAGAGAAAAUGCACCUGCUCCUUUGGCUCCAAUGAAACCCUCGGACUACGGAAGGCCACCUUCUGCUCAAGCUGUCACCGCUGCAACGGCGUCCUAUACCCCCCAAUCACCCACUGCCUCAUCCAGGCAAGAUCUUCCUCCUAGAACAUCAUCAAUCGAAGCAGCGCAAAUGGCCGCAGAGGCUGCGAUCAGCGGCGUGCGGCCACCGUCUCAGCAAAACCAAGACCCCCGACUUGCACAACCCCAACAACAUGCUAUUCCUCCGUAUAAUCCGGGGGCAUAUACCAAUGUCAUGAAACAAGGGCUUCCUGCAAGUCCUAUGCCCGGUCAGAGGAUGCCACCCUACCAAGCAGCUCCUCCACCUCAACAAAUGCCACCACCCGCUCAACCGCAACCAGCAUCUCAGGCCGCAGUCGUAGCCCAGCAACCACCUCCUGUAAAAGAGCCUCCUCCAUCAGGACGCGGCCCAAGAAUUGGUCUCGAUCACUUCAAUUUCCUUGCCGUUCUCGGAAAGGGCAAUUUCGGUAAAGUCAUGCUUGCAGAGACGAAGACAACGAAGAAACUUUAUGCUAUCAAGGUCUUGAAGAAAGAAUUCAUCAUUGAGAACGAUGAAGUCGAAAGUACCAAAUCCGAGAAACGGGUUUUCCUUAUUGCCAAUAAGGAACGACAUCCAUUCUUGUUGAAUUUACAUGCUUGCUUUCAAACAGAGACGCGUGUAUACUUCGUCAUGGAGUAUAUUAGCGGUGGUGAUUUGAUGUUGCACAUUCAGCGGGGCCAAUUUGGUCUGAAGAGAGCACAAUUCUAUGCAGCCGAGGUCUGUCUAGCGUUGAAGUACUUCCACGAAAACGGUGUCAUUUAUCGUGAUUUGAAGCUCGACAAUAUUCUUCUGACUUUGGAUGGACAUAUCAAAAUUGCUGAUUAUGGUCUAUGUAAGGAGGAAAUGUGGUAUGGAAGCACCACGAGCACAUUCUGCGGUACGCCAGAAUUCAUGGCUCCUGAGAUUCUUCUCGAUAAGAAAUAUGGACGAGCUGUUGACUGGUGGGCGUUUGGAGUUCUUAUCUACCAGAUGUUACUUCAACAGUCUCCUUUCCGUGGAGAGGAUGAAGACGAAAUUUACGACGCUAUUCUUGCCGACGAACCUCUAUAUCCUAUUCAUAUGCCACGUGAUUCUGUUUCUAUUCUUCAAAAACUGCUCACUCGCGAGCCUGAGCUACGACUCGGAUCAGGCCCUACUGAUGCGCAAGAGAUCAUGUCGCAUGCAUUCUUCCGAAAUAUCAACUGGGACGACGUCUAUCAUAAACGCAUCACUCCACCAUUCUUGCCGACAAUCAACAGCGCUACCGAUACAAGCAACUUUGACCAGGAAUUCACCAGCGUCACUCCCGUCCUUACUCCAGUACAAUCUGUUCUUUCUCAAGCUAUGCAAGAAGAGUUCCGUGGUUUUUCAUAUACCGCCGACUUUGUGUAGUUUUUUGACUCUACGAAUAUUGAUAUAUUUGAGGGCGGUCCGAUGUGUUUUGUCUACAGGCUCAGUUUAUCUUAGUAGCCUAUAGGAACGAUGCUAAGGAGACGAAGAUAUUUAAUCUUUUUUUGCUCUUUUUUUCUUUUUCCCUCCUCCAUCAGCUAAUGAUUUGUCUUGAAAUAUACGCCAAAUUUCAAUGUUUACAAUGGAUGUAUGUUCUCUUUUGAAAAGAGAUAUUUAGAUGAUUUUUAAUUCAUUCUUUUCAUGCC